CUCCCAAGUUGACUAACGUAGCGUGUAACGCAAAAGAUGCUGAUAUUACUUGGAUGCCAAUGGGUGACAACCGAGCAUCUAUUUUAAAUUACGUUAUUCAGUACAAUACCAGUUUUACUCCAGAUACAUGGGAUACAGCUCAUGAUUCGGUUCCAGCUUCGGAUACUACGUACAAAGUUAAAAUGACACCUUGGGCCAAUUACACAUUCAGAGUAAUUGCUAAGAAUAAAAUUGGACCUUCUCCGCCAUCAGCACAUUCCGGUAUCUGUCGAACUGAUCCCGAUGUUCCGUAUAAGAACCCAGACCACGUGGUUGCUCAAGGUACUGAACCUUCCAAUUUGGUGAUAUCGUGGACGCCUAUGCCAAAAAUCGAACACCACGCUCCUCGUUUCUAUUACGAAGUUUGGUGGAAAAGAGAUACACCCGGUAGUACCUAAAUGGGACAAUGUUGCCAUAUCGAAAUGGGAAGUAGGAGAACACACAGUAAUUGACACACCGACUUUUGAAAAAUACUUAGUCAAGGUUAUCGCCGGCAACGAACUUGGUCAAGCAAGAGUUAUCCCUGUAGAAGUCGAAGGGUAUUCUGGAGAAGAUGUACCAAUCGAAGGUCCAAAGAAUUUAAUCCUGAUACAAAACAUAUCAGCUACUACUGCGAAUGUAUCUUGGCAGGGAGUGACCAAGGAGUCGAUGAGAGGGCAUUUCAAAGGAUACAGGAUACAAAUGUGGCCGGAUUACGAUCAACUGACAAGUAGAAUAAAAGAAGUGCUGAUACCUAAUAACGUCACCACUGCCAUCAUCGAUAAAUUAACUCCAAAUACCAUAAACAAAGUCCGAAUUUUGGCGUAUAAUGGAAAAUACAACAGUGCACCUAGUGAUGAUUUAAUUAUCGUUACUCCCGAAGGAGUACCCGAUGCCGUCCAAUCUUUAGAAGCAAUAACGUUAGGUAGUUCUGCGUUUUAUUUAAUUUGGAAACCUCCUAUCGAAACGAAUGGUGUAUUGACCGGAUACAAAAUCUAUUACCAAACCGUUGUUGGAACCGAAUUGGGUCCUUUACAAGAACGUCAUCCGCAAAUUGAAGAUCCUAAUAAGACACGUGCCAAAUUAGCUGGCUUGGAACCAGGAACCAAGUACAGGAUUCAUAUCAAUGCUACUACUCGUGCUGGCGAAGGAGAAAAGUUCUCAAUUGAACAAAGAACCAGAGGAACUUUGAGCUCUCCACCAGUGAAACCACAUUUUGAAGUUGAACGCUUCUAUGUAGAUUCUGACAUUUUCUCAUCAGUGAAAGUCUCUUGGUUCCCAUGCGGUUAUUACAGAGAUCUCAGUACUUGUUCUGAAAAAUCGGUUGGAUCUCACUUUUACGUUAAAUAUAGGUAAAUUGAUCGACGCGAUGUGAGAAUCUCACCCGUGAAUUUUAAACUCACAAAUUAUACGAUGGUUUUUAUUUAUCAUUAGAUUGAAAGCCGAACCUCGAUUUGACCAAAUUACCGAAAUUAGCGAAGAUUACGUUAUCGUGCGGAGUUUAAGGCCGAACAAAGUAUACGAAUUUAUUGUCGGUUCCGUCGAUGGUAAUUAUACUUCGGAAUCCGAUCCCAGAGAUGUUGAAACAUACG